AUGGCGGGGCCAAUGUCUCUACUGAUGUUGCAAUCCAGCAUUGGGCAUACUACGAAGGCGAUCCUUGUGGUCGGCGUACUUUCGCCAGUCGCUGUCAUCUUCACCGGUAACACCUCACCCAAUUGGAUGCGUAUCGCACCUGGAGGGGAUUGGUUGCCAGCUCUAGCCGAUAAGCAAUGGGGCGGCGAUUUACAGCAGUCAGAGUACAAACAGCUAUUCGAGGUGCUACAACCAGCUGCCCCUGGGCAAAACCUGGAUCGCAAAGUCCCAAGUGUGCUCGAAGCCAUUCUUGAAUAUGAGUUUCAGAAGGCUGGCAGGGAAGUCGUCGAGGAUAGGUCUGGAAACUACCACGGCAAAAACCAUGGCUGUGAGACCGGGCGAGGCUUAAUCAUCUUCGACGGCAGAUGUCAUAUCGAUACACCAUUUAGAAGCUACGGGAAAGACUACACACUCUCUCUAGAAGUGCGGCCAACAUCUAGCAAGCCCUCUAUACUUCUCCAAGGACAGGACACCACAUUGUGGCUAGGCCAUGAUCAGCAUACCAAUGUCACCAUGAUCAGUGGCGGUUAUCCUUAUACCCUGAACUACACGCUACCGGUCAAUGCAUGGUCACAGAUUGAGCUUCAAGGCCGCGGAAAUCGCGCAUUCUUUUGGGUGAGACCACUGUGCGGUAGCAGUAAUGCCGUUAUCGAACAUGAAUUCAUCACGCGUGUUGACACGAAUUCUGUACAAGCCGCCGGCGGCAUCGCGCAUGUUUGA